AGAUUCUGCUAUUAGGUCUGUUCUAGAAGAUAUCGACAGCAAAUUAAUUUUAAAAGAGGAACAGAGAAACGCGAUCAAGGCAUUUGUUGAAAAGAAAGAUGUUUUUGGCGUCCUUCCUACGGGAUUCGGCAACAGUUUAAUUUAUCAGCUGGCUCCCUUGGUCGCUAAGAAGCUGGGAAACAAUGAAAACCCAUUGGUCAUUGUUGUUUCUCCUUUGGUCGCACUCAUGGAGGACCAAGUGAAAGAAGCAACUGAAAUGGGCAUCACGGCGAUGCAACUCGGCGUGAACGACGAGGUGGAUAUAGCCAGCGGUCGUUGCCAGCUCCUUUUCGGAAGCCCGGAAUCCUGGCUGCUGAACAACAAGUGGAGGGACAUGCUAGGCUCCGAUGUUUUUCAAGCCAACGUUAUGGGUAUCGUCGUGGACGAAGUUCAUCUAACUUACAAAUGGGGUCAGGCUGCUAAAGGGCAGACGCCAUUUCGCGACAGCUUUGACAAGUUGGGAGAUCUUACAUCUUUACUUAAAGCUGGUACACCUGUGCUGGGAUUGACUGCUUCUGCUGAUCGGGAAUCCAGAACCAGGGUUAUGAAACAGCUUCAGAUGGACAAUCCAAUCAUUUUGGCUCUGAGCACUAACAGAACAAACAUCAGACUGGGUCUGAUUAAAGUACCCGGCCAUACACUGGAGUGCCUACACUGGAUUGUGAGGGAUGUGAAAGAAAAGGGUAUAUCCAUGUUGCCAGUAAUUAUCUACUGCAAAACCAUUAAGGCAGUUGGCAGAGUGUUCUGCCAUUUGAAGGGAGAACUCGGUGAAGAUUCCUGGGUUGACCGAGAUCCUGUUCACUUCCUGUUUGGAUUAAAGGAAUAGUACACCCAAAACAUGAUUAGCCUUCAUUUUCUAC